AUAGUUGUUUAUUAUAUAUGUUAUCAGCUCCCACUGCACACGUUUACGCACAUGUGUCUCUUGAAUAAUCGUAAAGAAGGUCCAUAUUCGAGAUGAUCACACGAAACUUACUCCGAAGCAUUCCGCGCUUUCGACGCACUUUACUGCAGAUAAAACCAUACAGCACCGAGUCGAGUGAGCCACAAUUCCUGGGGAUCAACAAUAUCUUUACUAGUAAUACUCGGUUCGUCAAUAAAGAAAGUUAUGAACCUAUUCCAAUAUAUAGAUUUAUGGAAUCUUCGCGAGAGGCUAAAUUACCUGAAGAUGAAAAGUUGAACGACGUGUUUCUGGUGAAAAUGUAUCGCGAUAUGGCGGUCUUGAGCAUCAUGGACAAGAUCAUGUACGAAUCGCAAAGGCAAGGCCGUAUCUCAUUUUAUAUGACGAACACCGGCGAAGAGGCCGUGCAAAUCGGCUCCGCCGCCGCUUUGACUCUAGAAGACACGAUUUACGCGCAGUACCGUGAGGCUGGUGUGUUGCUACAUCGCGGGUAUCCGUUGGCAAAGUUCAUGAAUCAAUGCUAUGGCAACUGCGAGGAUGACGGCAAAGGAAGACAGAUGCCAGUGCAUUACGGCUCCAAAGAGUUCAAUUUCACAACUAUAUCAUCUCCGCUAACGACUCAACUUCCGCAAGCAGUGGGAUGUGCCUAUGCCUUCAAGUUGGAUAAAAAGAAAGCAUGUGUGGCCUGUUAUUUUGGCGAAGGUGCGGCGAGCGAGGGUGAUGCCCAUGCGGCGUUCAAUUUCGCAGCUACUCUAUCAUGUCCCGUUAUAUUCCUUUGUCGAAAUAACGGAUAUGCCAUCUCCACGCCAGUCCGGGAGCAGCUUAAGGGGGAUGGUAUCGCGGCCAAGGGUCCGGCUUAUGGAAUUAACACGAUUCGAGUAGACGGCAACGACGUGCUCGCGAUGUACUUUGCCACAAAAAAGGCGAGGGAGUUCUGCAUAGAGCAAGGAAAACCUGUUUUGAUAGAAGCCAUGACUUAUAGAAUCGGACAUCAUAGUACGUCGGAUGAUUCUACGGCUUACCGACCUACCAACGAAAUUGCUCAAUGGAACGUCCAUACACCACUUAUGAAAUUCCGUCUAUAUCUAGAGUCGCUUGGAUUAUGGUGUCAAGAAAGGGAGCAAGAAUUAGUAAAUUCCACUAAGAAGGAAAUUCUUCAUGUGUUUAGGGAAGCAGGACGCAAAUCUAAGCCACACUGGAAGAAUCUGUUUACAGAUGUCUACAAGGAAAUCCCCGAUCACAUCAAGAAGCAAAUGAAUAUAAUGGAGAAGCAUCUUGAAGAAUUCAAGGAACAUUAUCCAUUACAGUCUUACACACACGCAAAGUAAGGAAUAAGAAUUUAUGUACAUCUGUUGUAUAAAUGUAAAUUUUAUACUCUUUUUAUUUUAAUAAUAUAAAGUGCUAAAGAAUUAACAAAACA